UUUACCGUCGAAACGACGACGGUAAUCUGUUUGCUGUAUAGGAAUUGCUGUUUUUCAGUGUGAAAAUUUCAUGAAUCUUCACCACCAUGUCAGGUAGUGAGCAAGAAGGUAAAGGGGAGGCCAAGAUGGUUUCGAUUCCCUUGUCAUCCGAUGAUGAGACAUCACUCGGGACAAGCAGUCAUUAUCCAAAUCAACCAAGCUACAAUUCUAAGGAAGGAAGAGAAGGCGGUGCCUUACAAGAUGAUGUAACAGAGGAUGAAGAAAAUGAAGCAGAUGAGAAAAAGCGCCUUAUUAGUCAAGUACUUGAGCUUCAAAACACUCUUGAUGAUUUAUCCCAGAGAGUAGAUGCUGUAAAGGAUGAAAACCUGAAGCUUAAAUCAGAAAACCAGGUACUUGGACAGUACAUUGAAAAUUUAAUGUCAGCCUCAAGUGUUUUUCAGCCGGCUAACCCUGACAGCAAGAAAAGGCCGAACCCUUCCAAACCAGGGGUGAAGAAAGGAGACAAGACGAUAUAUUAAUGUUAACAUUUAAAGGAAGAAUUUCUUCGUGUUUAUCUGAUAUAUCAUUACCUAACUGCUAUUUUGUGAGCAUUUUUUUCCUUGCCAUGGAUCCAAGACUCUAUGAGACUGAAGAAAUGAGACUUAAGCAUUUAACAGAGAUAGUAUUUAUAUAUGUUAUAGUAGUAUAAUUUGUCAACUAUAAUAAUUUUUUGUUGACUUAUUUCACUUUUGUUUGGGGACGGGGAGUCAUGGCAACAUUAAAAUGCAAAAUCAUUCCGCGAAUGAAGCUAUCUGGGCUACAUUUUGUGUAUUUAAUACCUAAAUACCAAUUGUUGUAUUAUAAGGGAUUGUUUCUUUUAUUUGUUUCUUUAGACACUAGUAGUGCAUAACAUUUGUUUCUUUUUGUUGCGGUGUUACGAACCCAGUGUGGUCUAACUGGAUGUACUGACCGCAACAAUCAUGAUUUUUCUUGAAUUUCUGAGCUGAAAAUCUGAGGUUAACAUCUCACUCCAAAAAUCUUGAGAGCCGUCAGCUCAGUGCUCUUCGACUCAGGAUGAUUUGAAAUCGUCAGCUUGACUUGAUGGUCAGACCCCUGAUACUAGCUCGUCCACCAAGGCUUUGCGAUAGGUAUCCGCUGAACGUACGAAUGCAGGUGUAAUUCGAUUGGGCGGGUAAUUGUUCGAUAGGAUUUCUUCAGCUUCUGUGAUGUUAUCAGCUGGUUUGAAAUUAAUUGCUUCUCAGAAAUGUUCGGGAGUCAGUUAUGUAUCGACUUCGCUUAGUAUCCGCACUGUCUUAUGUACAAAUUCAGUUCGUCAACAAGAAGUGAGAACGGAGUCCUUGAAUUGUUGCAUGGCUGGUUUUGAUAGUUCGAUUAGCUAUUGGACAAGUUUAACAGAAAUGCCCUGAUCUUUUGCUGUAAAAAUAAUUUUUUCCCAUUGUUGAAAACUUACUUUACGCGCACAGCAAAAUACUGCUAUGGACUCGUCAUCAAGACAACGCCUUUAUAUCGUUCAGUAUCAACUCUUUGGUCACUAUGGUUCUUAUCUAGCCUACAGAAGGGAAUUUACAACAACCUAGCCGAACCAGUGUACAUCUGAAUAGGUCAUACUAAUGCACUGCAGUGUUUCAUGUUCGAACUGAGAUUUUAGGAGCAUUCAACUGCUGACCAUUAAAUGAUAUCACUAACAUCUGCAUGCAUCGGGUUUGUACGUGCAGUAAGGUUGCCUUUUUUCAGCGUUGAAAUAAUCAAUAGCGAUCCGAUGAAAUGAAUAUCAGGUCAACUUUUGAUGUUUUCUUCGGGUAUAUAUAGAAGUAAAUGAAUGUGUUGAGCGUUUACAAAGUUCCACCACAAAUUAUCAUAUGAUGUAUACAUAAACUUUACUUUUAACUUU